AUGUACUACACAGCCGGACAAAUAUUGCUGACCUAUAGCUCCGCAAAUCCGUCCGACUGGUCGUUUCAUCCGCUUUUCGACUUUUUGGGACUCUUUAUUAUCGCCACCGGGACUGGCGGAAUAAAACCAUGCGCCAUGACAUUUGGGGGAGAUCAGUUUGAAAAACACGAAGCGAAAAUGUUGUCCAUGUUCGUGGCCAUCUUUUAUUUCACGAUCAAUGUGGGUGCACUGGGUGCGACUUUUGUCUCGCCGAUUUUCAGAUGUACGUAGAUUUUAUGGUCGUAUUUUUGGAUUUCCUAAUUUUUAUUCAAUUUUUUAACCGUCUGCGCGACUUUCAGCUCUAUCCUGUCUUGGACAAGACAAUUGCUAUCCGUUGGCGUUUGGGAUUCCGGCGAUUUUGAUGAUUAUUUCUACAGGUAAAUUAGAAAUUAUGUAGAGGUGAGCCGCUCAAGAUGUGGCCCUGUAGAUGAAACCUUGCCGUUUUCUCAUCAGCCUUUAAUUUUACAGGGUCUUACAAAAAACGUGAAGGAAAGUCGGAGGCUAUAACUUCCGGCGGAGGCGGCGCAGAGAGUUAGUUCUUGGAAUACGUAUUUUUAAGCGAUAUUAGUUUUUGUCUACAAAAUAGCAAGGUUUUAAAAUGCAAACUGAGGUCGCUACGACCUUCUGAAGUAGAGGCAUUCCUACCCCAAAAACCAGUGUUUUUUCGGUUGAAAAUCACCGAGAAAUGUCGGAUUUUUUCGGGGUUUUCGAUUCCAUUUCGAUGCCUUACCUUUAUUUUUUCAGUAAUAUUUGCCUCAGGAAGUUGUUGGUACAAAAAACGACCAGUCAAAUCAAAUGUUAUAUUUGAUGUUAUCUCCUUGAUAUCUGUAAGUCUUCAAAAUUCAAAUAUUCUACUCAAAUUCAGCGAGCCGUUAUCGGGAAAUUCCACGAUUCAUCUGCCAGAGCUCAUUGGUUAGAGCAUUCUCUUUACAACCAUGAUUGUAACACCAAUUUAGCUUGUCUGAAGCUGAAGAGGAGGUCCAAGACUCCAGCUGCUUGUGCUAGAAUGAUCUUUAUAAACGACGUCAAGUCAUUGCUGCGUGUAAUGAUCAUGUUCAUCCCAUUGCCCAUGUAUUAUGCGCUCAUUGAUCAACAGGCCGGCGUGAUGACAAUUCAGGUAGUUUUACGGUGAAAGCCAAAUAUUUGAGUGGUAUUCUAGGCCCUCCAAAUGGACGGCAGAUUAUGGGGAGAUGUGCUCUGGUUGCCAGAUCAAAUGGCGUUGAUCAGCGUUGUCCUGGUGUUGGGGUUGGUCCCCCUAUUCACGUUUGUGAUUUAUCCGGUGGUCGGGAAAUGGGUUAAGCUCACGUAAGUUGGCACAAAUUGCUCUAAAUUUUGAUUAGUAAAGAAAAAUUUUUUUUUUACGGUUUAAUAGACCAAAAUUGUUAAUCUGCAAAUAGCAAAGAUAUUCUAUUUUAAAAAUGUCAUUAAAAUGACAGUAUAUCUCUUCCAUACACUAUAUUCUAUCAAUAUUUUCCAGGCCGUUACGAAAAAUGUGCGUUGGCGGGUUCAUUGUGGUAUUCGCGUUCCUUUUCGCCGGCGUUGUCCAACUGGAAAUUAACGUAAGUUGA